AUGGACUUGACCACACGUCGCGGUGAGGAAGGCAGUCCAGGAGAGGCUGUUUUACCUUUGAACGGGACUGAGGCGGUGUGUCGUGAACUAGUGAAUGGAACACAAGGAUGUGAGGUGACUGGGUUAACGGCUGAAGUGCCAGCGCCUCCCAGGAAGUCCAGUUCGUUUAGCAUAAGGAACUUAGUUGGCGCCGAAGAUACAGAUCACAAAGCCGACGGCAAUGCGCAUACUAACGAUAUCACUGAGGAGGACUCAGCGUCAUAA